AUGCACAAACUGGCAUCAGAAUUUGCAGUCUCAAACGGAAUUUUAAAGUCGAACGACGGAAAUCCAUCCAUUUUGUCAUGUACACUUUUACCAUCUCCUCUACCAAAACUGUUGCUGUGUCGUGCUCAAUCAGUUCAAUGUGAUUUUAACCUGUUGUAUCACAAAGUUGCUAUGGAUCAUGAAUUUUUAGACACUAUUUUAAAACCUGUCCUAGCUGUUGACCACUAUCUUCGAUCCUUAUGGGGAAUAUAUUCGCAAAUUAGAACUAAUGAAGUUACUCAGAAUAUAGUGUUAGGACUGAACCGAUCCGAUUAUAUGCUUCAUGUAAAAGAAGAUUUAUCCGAUACUGAACGAACUUCUCUCACUAACCGGUUACAAAGUACAUUGGUAGCUGCCCAGUCUCAUAUAGAGACCCAAGAUGAAGCUUGGGAUGGUUUAUCGAUUCGACAAGUUGAAUUCAACAUGAUUGCAUGUAGUUUUUGUGGUCUUGCUCCACGCAUUGUUCCACAACAUCGUAUUUCAUUAUCUUUGCAUGGGAUUUCGAGUAAUUUAAAUGAUCGUGUACCUGAUUGUUGUUCUGCUGAUAGAUUUUCCGAAGCUUUACUAUCUGCUUGUCAAAUGUAUGUUGAAGAUUGUUCUAGAAGAAAUUUAGUCACAACAAAAAUAUCUAUUCUUGUAGUAGUUGGUGAUAAUGAAAAAAAUAUUUAUGAUCAACGAGCAUUGAUUGGUUGUCUUCUACAGAAAAAUCCUCAUGUGAAUGUUUUAUAUCAUUCAUUUGAUUAUUUAAAAACUGGUAUAAAAUUGGAUCCGAAUUUCCGUUUAUUUGUAGACAAUCAAGAGGUAGCUGUUGUAUAUUUUAGAACUGGCUAUACUCCAGAUGCUUUUCCUGACGAGGAAACAUGGAAUGUAAAAUAUCAACUUGAACGAUCAUUAGCUAUCAAAUGCCCAUGUAUACAAUAUAUGCUUGCCAAUACAAAAAUUAUACAAGCUGCUCUAUCAAAAUCAAAAUAUUUAUCUAGAUUUUUUAAACCAAAUAGUUCAAGUUAUUUAAAUAUUUUGUCAACAUUCGCUCAUCAAUAUACAUUAGAUGAAGAAAUGGGCAUAUCUGAUUCGGUUGAAAUUCAAUCGGCUAUUAAUGAUUGUCUAUUGAAACCGGAUAAUUAUGUUUUAAAACCACAAAGAGAAGGUGGUGGAAAUAAUUAUUUUGGAGAGGAACUUGUUCAGAAAUUAAAAUCAAUUAUGAAUCAUUCUGACAGAAAAUUCUAUGUACUCAUGGAACGUAUACGACCAUAUAUUUUCGAGAAUUCUAUAUUGAAUUCUACUUCAAGUUCUGAAGAAUUAACAGUUAAGAAAAUGGUUACUGAAUUGGGUAUUUUUGGUGCAAUUCUCGCACGUAAAGAUGAAAUCUAUUUGAAUGAAGUCUCUGGUCAUCUUCUUCGAUCAAAACCAUUGGAAUCGAAUGAAGGUGGAAUAGUAGCAGGCUAUGGUUGCCUUGAUUCUCCAUUCCUCGUUUGA